AUGGACGACGACGACGAAGCCGCCUUGUUGGCGGAGCUCCGCGCAAUUUCCGCGCGUUCGGCAACAUCCCGCUUUGGUCCGGAGUCCGUCGGGGACUCUAGGGAUCAGGAUCGUCCCAUAAUCGACAGCAAAGACCUGGCCACACCGGAGCUUCCUGUCGAAAUCAUGGAAGGAUCCCCCGGUGUCACGACAGCGUCGGAAAAGUCCCGACGGACGCCGCCUUGGAAGAGAACGCCGAAGGAACCGGCGGUGGUGGUUGCCGUGCCCGCGCCGCCGUCCAGCCCGAUACCCGACUCAACCCACAGUCGCUCGAGUCCAACGGGAUCGGCCGCAUCUUCCAGUACAGGGUCCUCGCGGUACACCCCGUGGAAGGAGGUGAUUGCCCACAGUAAAGAAGCGCGAACCAGCCCUCCGACGGCUCCCACCGGCGCCGCAACGGAGAGCACCGUGUCUUCGCCCUCGGUCCCCAAACGACGAGACCGUGGCUCUGGAAGUGGAUUGUCGACCUGGAAACGACUCACCACGCGCCGACGAUCCUCCUCUUCGCAAUCCCACAGCAAUAAUAACCACAACGAUGACCGCACCAGCCAAAACGAUUCCACGAUGCAGCAGUCCCCUGUUCCGGGAGAACGUGGGGGUGCCGCGGAGGAUGAGGAACUCUUGAAGGAACUCCGUGCUAUUUCAGAAAAGUCGGACGGGGCUCGUCGGUUUGCCGAUAGCAGUAGCCACGACAAUGGCAAAGUCGGUCAACAGGACGAACAGGAACCUCCAACGAGCCCAACCUCCCCCACGCCCAAACGGGACAACGUACGAUCACGACGAGGUUUCGUCCCCCCUUGGAAACGGUCCCCUCGUAAAAAAUUGGAAUCCCAGUCGCCAGAAAAGGAAUGUGGCGUGACCGCACUAGAAACCAACGAUUCCCUGUCGAGUCGGUCGGGGCACGGUCCCUCGGAGGCGGGGCCGUACGGUGUUCCGACCGAUGCACUGCCGUCGACGUUUACUGGAGAAAGGGGUGGAAAGGCCGAAGACGAAGAUUUGCUGGCCGAAUUAAGAGCAAUUUCGGCAAACACAGCGCUUCUUCCUGCAGCGGCGGUGAGUAUCGAUGCGCAAGCGCCGUCCCCUCCCAAAGCCAAAGCGACAAACCGUGAACGCAGUGGUGGUGUUCCACCAUGGAAGAGGGCGAAUCGAAAGAAGAUGGAGAAAUCCGCACCCGACGAGUCAGCUAUGGUUGUCGCACCCAAAGCCCUAAAUGUUGCCGAAGUCGUUGCUCCGGAAGUUACAACUGGACAGGGCGGCUUUAAGUCAGACUUGCCGUCCACAUUCACCGGUGAACGUGGUGGGACGGCCGAAGAUGCCGAGCUCCUGGCGCUACUCCGGGGAGUUUCCAACAAAGGAGGUGAUCGUUUUUCGGAGGACGGACCACGCACUUUCCAAGCUGCAUCUACGCAGUCCGAAGUGGCCGCAACCCCAAGCUUGCCUACUUCUAAAGACGAGUCUCCGGAAAGUACGGCAUUGGUGUCCAACCGCAACCGUGCUGUCCCGCCGUGGAAAGGAGGCAAGUCUGCUACUGUGUUGCCGGUGGCAUCAACGACAGAAGAUUCCGUUCUUCCAGAGGCGGUACCCUUACAUUUCGGAAUCCAACAAGAUGACCAAUUUAUGUUCAAAGGAGAGCGGGGUGGAAAGGCUGAAGAUGCCGAACUGUUAGCCUUACUGCGCGGUGUGUCGAGCAAGUCGUCUGGUGCCGAUCGCUUCGGUGAAACGUCGGAACAGUCACCUGUCCCAAUUGUAGCAAAGUCGAGACAACUGAACCCUACUACAACCAAGGAGUCGUCUAGCGUCUCCGGAAGACCCCCCGUUCCAAUAGACUCACUUCCACCGGAAACCUCGGCAACGGAGGACAUUGAACUAUCGAGGGAAGAACUUCCUUCUUCAAUUCGAGAUAAGAAUUGGAAGGUUCGAUGCCAAGCAUACUCUCUUCUGGGCAUCCUCGUAACCGAGCUUUCUCAGGGGAAACCUCCGUCUGGGGAUAUUGACUCAGAUGAUGUACUUCCCGGACUGGACAAUUUGGUUGUAGAAAUGGUUCAAGACUCAAAUGCUGGAGCACUGGACAAAGGAAUCGAAUUCUCUCUUGUGUACGCAGAUUAUUGUCGUGGAGCGUCCGCUUCAGGGCAAGCCGGGAAAAUUGUUAGUGGCAUGGUAAAAAAGAAUGCGUUUUCUAGCCGGCCUACGACUCUUAAACUGGCAACGGAGUUGACCCUUAAACUAAUGGAAGUGGGAACGGAAGGUGCAUCGUCAAUUCACGCCGUGACGGAAGUAUUGCUUAGAGAAGGAUUAGCUUCCCGUAAACCAAAAAUUUCUCAAGCAUCAGCAUCUUUAAUUUUUGAUUCGGCGUGCGCGUUUGGCGCGGCAAACUUACCUUUGGCAUCCAUUUCUUCGUUGGCGCCGAAGAUGCUGUCACACACGAACGCAAAAGUGCGAGAAUAUGGAAUGAAGAUUAUAGCUGAAAUUUGUCGUGCACUGGGUGGAAAGGCCCCUUUGCAAACAGUGCUUGACGGUAUGAAGAAGACUCAGCUGGCAGAAUUGGACGGCCUUCUCUUGAGUCAACCCGCACCUACGACUCCGAGAAGAAAAAUUCGUAACCAAGCCGCACUUUCUACUGGUGCUCCUCGAGACGCCCUUGCGUCGCUAGAAGAUGGAGCCAAAGAGCUGGCCGCGCAGCGCUUUGCAGCAAGGCCAGCAAUCAAUAUUAUGGAAGCGUUGCGGAAAACCGACUACUCGUCUAGAUUAGGUCACGUGAAGUGGUCUGAAAAGGUGGCCGCUCUAGAAAUUAUUUUGGUAUGUGGAGGCGAAAAGCCGUAUAAGUUGGUCGAGCCUUCGGCCUCUGCCAACUACUCCCCGUUAAUCGGUGAUAUGAGAAAACUUUUGUCGCACACACAUUUUGCUGUCUGUAGCAAAGCGAUGCAGGUGCUUUCCUUACUUGCUGAAGGCGUCGGUGAGAGGCUUUAUGCCAGCCUUCGCCCACUUUUCAGCCUGCUUCUGGCAAUGUCGAAAGAUAAGAAGCUUACGCGACAAGUAUCGGCGUCGCUUGACUCCUUUUUCGGCAAUGUCCUUACUUUUGACCAUUUACUCGACAGCGACGACGCGCUUCCAGAAUGUAUCAGUGAAAGCAAACAGAAGAAUGCGUUAGUUCGUGUGACUGGUCUAGCGUUCCUCGCGAGAUGCAUUGUUCGGAGAAAAGAAGCAGGACCAAGGGGUAGUUUAUCGCCUCGAAUGGCUGGAUCAGUGGCCUCUUUUUGUGCUUCGAAACUUGACGAUUCCGAUGCCUCAGUCCGGAAAGCCACUAUGGGAGUAUUUGAAGCGCUACAGGGGCUGGACGAUCCUGAAUGUUUGAAAUCGGUGUCGAAUGUCGUGGAAUCCCUGAAAGCGUCUCAUUCGCGAGCGUACAAGACACUUUCUCAAGGGACACAUAAAGGUAACUCGUCCGCUGCAUCGAAGGGCUGCAAAGCAGCAACUGCCGUGAAAGGCUUAAUCCCGGGACCUUCCACUUGUGCUGGUAAUCACAAUUCGCUCCAAAAUAAUAAUCCCCCGCAAUCGAAGCCAUCGUCUCGUCUAACCGCAGACGUUGGCUUGGUUGGAGAGUUCUACGCUCCUAUUUUGAACGAUGCUGUCGAAUAUGUAGCUUCCAUGCACAUUCCGCAGUGGGAAGCCGAAGAGGAUGAAGCUGGUGUAUUGGCCGGUCUACAAUCGUCGCAAUGGCUAUUGCGUCAAAAUGCAAUAAAGGCGUUGACGGCAUAUAUUGAAUCCGGCAGUAUUCCUACAGAUCCCGUAACGAUCGAAACAAGUACUUCGUCAAUGCUGGUUGUGGUAAGAGAGCAUACGAGAAGCUUCAACGAGACCAACGUUAAUAUCAUGAAGGCUAUCUUGGAGCUCUUUGUAGCUGUUUUCGAAUUUCACGCUGAUGCGGAACACGUUAUUGUUGAGUGGGCUGCGAGGGACGCAACUUCUAUCGCGGCUCAAAAAAUAUCUGACAGGAAGUUGGGUACGCUCUGUCAAUCGGUUCUAUCUUCCGCUUGCUUAGUUAGCUCUCCCUACAAUGUCUUGUCGAGCGCAAUCGAGUCGCUAAAGGGCGUAAAAUCCCCAGUAGCGCACGAGGAGUUUCUCAAGUGGACAAAAUUAUUUUGUUGUGAGUUUGGCGCGCCGUCAAUUGGGAAUGGAAUAACCGACUUGAUACCAUGGAUUCUGGAAGAGCUGAACGCAACGAAUCCCAAAGUUAAGAGAGAGGCUUUGUUGUUGGCAGGACUCAUCCACACACAACUUGGGCCCUCAUUUGGAGCGCUCGCUAUCUCGAUGACUAAAAAGUCUGAUGUGCGGACUCAGCUCGAUAAAUGUUUUGCUGAGUUUGUGUACGACACGUCUUUUGAAGAAAAACAAUGGCAGAAGUCUUCUUUCGCAUCAAUUCUUUCAUGUCCUGACGCGAUUGUAGACAAGAAAUCACUCGUUCUCAAUGUUCCAAAGACUGACUUAUUCACAGUGCUACCGGAUGAUCUUCUAUCGAAACUGGGCUGCGCGGAUGGAAAGGCUGCAUGGAAGAAAAGGAAGGAAGCCAUGGACGAAAUUGAUUUAGCAACUCGCAGUUGCGUUGGCCACUUUGAUACCUCUUCUCCCAAAAUGAACGAAUACGUGGAAUUGUUCCGCAAGCUUCGUGAUCGUCUUUCCGACACCCAGAUCAACUUAAAGCCAGUGGCAGCAAAACUUGUCGCAGUUUUGCUAUCGAAGGUCGAUAAAUCGUCCCAGGCGAGGCUAGGCAAAAUUGUUUUUGCCACGCUUAUUCACGCUUCAAUGAAUGAUAUUAAGAAAGCUAUGCGUCACACCUCACUCGAAGCUUUGCGGAGCGGAAUUACAAUAUCCUCUUUUGAAAAGACAGGUUUAAAUGACGAGGCUCUUGAGGGUUUGGUGUCGGCUCUUGUCAACGAGACCGAGAAAUCCGUGAGGGCCGGCGGCCUCCCAGACCUCUUACACUUUUUGGUGAGCGUUGCAGAGAAACUACCAAACCUGGAUAAAAUCGCUUCGUCCAGGGGACAGCCUCUCGGCGAGAAAUACGCGGCUGUUUUAGUGGAGUGUCUGACUUCUUCCAAAUCUGAGACUCGGGCAGCGGCAUCGUUACUUCUUGAGGAGUCCAUCAACAAUGAAGUAAUUGGAAUGGAUAGUAUCCGGAAAGCCACGGAACUCUUGAAACCAGCGAGGCAGCGAUCAAUUAUUCCAGUAAUAUCAAAGUUUGGAAAAAAUCUCGGACGGGCCGAGAAAGAAAAUUCACUGGACGAAGAAGGCGCUCAUCGUGUUCGAGCCAAGUCAACUGCCGAACGGCCGCAUCCUCAAAAGACGGCACAGGGAAAGACGCGGCAAAGCCGAAAUCUUCCAAAUAUGGACUCUGACAUUAUUGAAUCUUCUGAAAAUGGCACAUCAGGGCUACAUCCGACGACUCAUCCUCUAGUUAUUGGGACUGGCAAGAAGGGUAGACUUACCUCCAAGUCGAUAGUAUGGCCAGAAUACCCCGAAGAGGCCCAAGGCUCCGCAAUUUUUUCCAAUUUAAGAAAAGCAUGGGCUGCGUACUUGCCAGCAGAUUCUGUGGCUGGACUUUUUCCACCGUCCGGAAUCAGAAAGCAGGAUGAUUCUCAAGCAGGCUGUGAAAUUCUUGCGAGGGCAAUAGCUCUUGACAGCUCAGAGAGGGGGGACAGUGUUGAGGACCAGCUGGAUUUUGUGUUCAGAUGGAUCGCUUUUGUGCUUUGCAGUAAGGAAGCAACAGUCGGUCUGCAAACAUUACUAUCGUUGGUAUGCGACAUAAUCAGCUUUCUUGUUGAUCGUAAACAUGAGUUGUCGGAUUCCGAGUCUCUUCUUCUGUUCCCGUUUUUGAUAGAGAAGGCCAGUAUUGCUAAAGGUCGGUUCAGAGAUGCGUUUUUAGAGAUAGUUGCCAUGUUGCGGUCUGAAGCUAUUAUGCCUUCGAAACGCCUCGGAUCGGUUAUUUGCGUCGCUAUUAUCGAGAGAUCAGUUCAUGCAAAGGCAAGAUUGCUCGCAUACCAAAUUGGCUCAGUGUGCGUUGACCAGGUAGGACUUGCAGGAGUGGGUAAAAAGGGGGUCCUUGCCACAGCAAAAGCGCUGUCAGAAGAGACUAUGGCAGAAAACAGGAAUGCAGCACUUGACCUAAUGAAUGCUAUUUUAUCGAGGAUGAAUGGUGAUACAAACCGAUUGGUUCGUAUUUGUGGGCCAAAUCUCAGUGACAAAGCAAGACAACAUAUUGAAGAACGCUGGCUAAAACGAGAGACUUCUCAGGGCCCCUCUAACACACCUGAUCGGCGUACUCGAUUGCCGUUACCAAGUUCAUCCUCACACCAUACCUCCAAAAAUCAGAGUAAUGUUGGGUUUUACGAUGAGCUCCCCGCCCUGUCUCUUCGCAACACAUCGUACCAGGAUUCUUUUAAAACGAAUUUACGUAGCGUCGAUGCUGAUAUCAGUACGGAAGAUCCUUUCGCGUUCUCUUUGGCCUCUCGUAAAUCGCCAUUGCCUCUGGGAACGUCAACAGAAACGACAAGGGCUGUAGAAAAGCCAAAAACUAAUGAAACGGAUACCGAUCGAGUCUUAAGAGCGGAAACAGAUUCUGUCGGAGCUGCGGCGACUUUAAGAGCUCGCCUACUGAAGAUUCGUGAGAAAGGUAGGCUGCCUGACGACGGCAUCGCUCUUAACAGCUUAGAACAAGACAUUAUGAAUGAUGGCGACGCCUCUCUAGCGCUGGAAUAUUCAAAUGGCAUGUUGGCUGUGAAGAAUCUGUUCCAGCAAAAUGUCCCGGUGCAUGAAGAUAACGAAAGCCUUUUUUUGUGUGUCGAAUCUCUGAAAAAGUUUCAUGCCGCACUCUCUAAGCAGCAAAAUUCAAUCGCCGGCCUUUCACCGCAGCAAUUGGUAAUGUUGCGGCAGUUCAUCGCCAAGAAUGUAAACGAAACAAUAGAACAACUCACGCGGUUGAUUGGGUUUGCCUUUCGUUGCGGUGAUCCUGGAAUCAAUUCUGGGUUAUCCAUUCCUCUUUUGUCAGUUUGUCUUGCGACUUUAAUGGCGAUCUUCAGAGAUUCAGCUCUUUCUUUUAGCGUAUCCCAGGACGACCUUACCUUGCUCGUCCGCGAGACCGGAAAAGCGCUGCUGGAUUCAAGGCUUGCGGCAACGUCAGAUUUAGAUAGUGCCACAAGUUCUCAAAUGGUCCGUGCGAUCAACAAGCUCGCGGUUCAAGCAGCUACAGGAGCAGCGAGACACACGGCUCUGCAAUCACUCAUGACUCUUCAGAAACAGUUAUCAUCGGAAGGCGAUAACGCGUUCACUGGUCGUUUGUCACGGGUAGUCUCAAAGCUUUUCGGCCGGGUUCUGAAAGCUGAAGUUGCGGAAAGGGCUCCCUUUUCAAGGGACAGGCUUGAUAUGGAAUCACUUAUUUGCACCAUAGACGACCUACUCGUCGGUAAUAACGAGUUAGAAGGGGAAAAUUCUUCGGAUCAAGCGCCCAAAGCUUGUACGGAGAUGAUCGAGGCGCUGGUAGUCGCUAUCCUUGAAUCGAAUGGUGGAUCGUCCUUGUUACAAGAGCUCAUGAUAGAACUUGACAUAUAUGAUGAGUCCUCUGCUUUAGGUACCUUAAUUGCGAAGUAUGAUGUCGGCCGCUCACCGGACGUGCUCACACACAUCAACAAUCAGGUGGUUACAAGGUCUAUCGACUUUCCAAUGGAUGGGCCAGUUGAGGAAACGGAAUCGAACGAUGUAACGGCUUUGGUAUCUGCGUUAGGAAGUGCUGCACAUGGUCCUGAACGUGAUGUAGCUUUAGACGCGCUGCGUCAGUACAAGGCCUCGCAGGGAGAUGGUGAUCUGAAAGCUCACCUUGAACAGGUUUCUCCCGCAUUUCGAGCUUACAUCGAAGAGCAAUUAGAAGGCCACGAUUCUAGCCCUCAAAAGCACACAUCGGCUCUGGGAGCAGGGUCGAUGUCAGAAAGACUUCGAAAUCUUCGUAGUCGAUUGCAAGCAACGGAACUGGCGGUUCAAACUGUUUUUGACGAAGCAGGCUCUGAGACCGACGCCUCCAUUUUGUUACCUGUGGCUUCCCCAAUCGCUUCCCCCAGGUCUUCUAGACUCGCCAAACCUUCGCCAUCCAAACUUGCGAAACCCUCGGCGCCACAGGUAGACGGAGGCAUGUCAUCGGCCCAAACCCUACGAGAGCGCCUGGCCGCAACGCAAAUUAGUCGUCGGAGAGGACCCGCCGACGACCUGAAGGGAGCAAACUCUGGGGAGGAUGCAUCGGCGAUGGCGACAUCUCGAGCAGCCGCGCUUAGAGCACGCUUAGAAGCAGUCAAAAAUAAGCAGCAGAGCAAGUAGUUGUGGUAAGCGUGGCUACAUCUUCAUGCAACUUACAACUUUUCUCUGUUGCAUACGUGCGUGUCGAAGACCUGGUCAUGGUUUAUUUAAAAUAU